AUGGCGCCCAGCGUGAGCAUGGCGCCCAUGCUUUUGGCCGCGGCGGCCGCGUGCGCCCACGCGCUGGUGCCCGGGUCGCCGUCCUGCGGUCGCGCCGUCCUCCGGCGCCGCGGCGGCGGCGUGCGCUUCCAGGGGCCGGGCGUCGGGUCGAGCUUCCCCGCCCACGACGGCGGCGGCGACGCCCCGGGCGCCCGGGGCGCGCUCAAGGGCGUCAUCCUCGGCGGCGGGUCCUUCGGCCUCGCCAUGGCCUGCGUGCUCGGCCGCGCCGGCGUGCCCGCGACGCUCCUCGUGCGGAGCCGCGCGGACGCGGACGCGGUGAACGCGCGCGGCCGCCACCCGAAAUACCUCCCCGACGUCGACCUGCCCGAGGGCACGCGCGCGACGGCCGACGCCGCCGAGGCGCUGCGGGGCGCGCUCGCGUCCGACACGUUCCGGGUGUUCACGUCGGCGGACGUCGUCGGCCUCGAGGUCGGCGGCGCCGUGAAGAACGUGCUCGCGCUGGCCGCGGGCAUGGCCGAGGGCCUCGACCUCGGCACGAACGCGGUCACGGCGCUCGUCACGCGGGGCCUCUACGAGAUGCAGCGCAUCGCGCUCGCCAUGGGCGGCCGCGCGUCGACGAUCGGGGCGGCGCGAGGGUGA